AUGGACUAUACUAAUACAUUCCAAUCGACCUUCCUGAAGCCUACUGUUACAGUUGAUUCUAGCAAAGUCGGAUCGCCAAUUGUGGUUUCUACGUUUGAAGAUCACAUCAGUAGUUAUUACGACGUACCAAAAAUGAGCACAAAUUUCGAUGAUGGUAGGCAUAUAGACGCCAACUUAAACCACAACUCGAAUCCUAUAACGAUUAAAAUCAACCACGCAGACGACAAUAACACUACAAAGUCAGAAAAAUAUACCUCUGAAAUUUCAGAAAUUGAAAAUAUUGAUUUGGAAUCGCCAGUUUUUGGAAAAACUUUUGGAAGAAACCUUCACGCAAAUCGUCCUUUCGAAACUCAUUAUCAUCAUCCAGCCGUCGAAAAAAAGCACAGCAAAUCAGCAGGUGAUUUAAAAAUCAAGCACGGCAUCAGCAAGGAAUUAGCAGCGAACAAUGGAAAUUUGUAUCUAAACGUCGACGACUAUCAAACUUUCUUCGGCAUUUAUCCUUACGGAAGCAACAGCAGUAGCGUAAAUAGCGUCGGAAUUGAUGCCGUCCCUGAGACUGAUGAUAAAUACGGAAGUAAGAAUAAAUUCAAACCGUCAACCAAAGAGUUUCAUAAAGUUAGCGAAUACGACGAGGAAACGUUGAAAGCGUUGAAAAGAGUAACGAGAAAAUUUGAUUCAUUUCGUAUGAGACAGUUGAGAGUUAAGUGCUUCAACCUAUCUAGUUCAGAUACUAUUGAUGAAGCUUCUGAGGAUGGCGGUAAUAAAAAUAAUAGGAAAUGCAAAAAAAUGGUUGAUGACGAUGACGUUGACAAAGACGAGGAUGCAAAAUUAAUGCACGUCCUACAGCGCGGACACAAAGACAAAAAUUGCACAGACUUCAACAGAGUUUCUUACGCUGCGUCUCAACUUCUCUCGAACAGAAAAAGUCAAAACGACAUCAUAAAGGACAUGAAACAAAACAAAAAAACAUCUUCAAAAGAAUCAGCAGCAGAUCCUCGAUGCUCGUCUUUAACAUUAACUGGGGAAGAUAUCGAUCGCAUAGAAUUUUUCUAUUCGAGUCUCGGCUCGGAAACCUACGUAGCAAACUGCGUAGUGGACGUGUUGAUGAGCGUCCGAGCUGCUGCUGAUGGCGACAACUCGCCGUACAGGUGGGUCCAGGUUUGGGUCGGAGUACCUGUACUCGUCCUCGAUGUCGGAUUGGAGUUCAGGCGUCCGAGGAGAUUAGCAAUCGUCCUGGCCGAACGUGACACAGGAAUCCCACUGUGGCAGGACAGGGUCUGCUACAGUACUGACUACAGAAAAGCUGACGACGGCAGGUCACAUUUGUUGAACGAGUCCAGCGGGCAGAGUCGAUGUCUUAAAAUUAGAUGGUCGGAUAUCACGUCGGCUGAUAAAUUUUUUUCUCGUUACAAAACUUUAACAAAAGAUCCGAAUGACUUGCUGUGGAUUGCGCCGAAAAAUAAUGAAAUGAAAAUAAGUCCCAAUAGAUCGAAGGAUCAAGCUGAAAAAUCAUCAAACUCCCCCUUUGGACGGAAGAAAAAAUGCAACAGUCAGUCCGACCUGUCAUCUUCCAGCCCAAUAACUAGAAGUUAUCAAAAAAUGUUUUCUGAGAAAGACAAGAAGACUUUAGAACGGAAGGCCGUUUUAAAGAAAAAAAUUCAAAAGCAAGAUAUUUCUCUUCCGUUUCAUGUGAAAAUUGUUACAAGAGUUGAUGGUUUAGAUACAAAUUUCAAAACUACAUUUGCUGGCUUGCUGCCAGUAGCUAAGAAGAGCACAAACGUCGUCAAAACGAACACGCUCUCGAGAAAAAGCAACGAAAAUGAUAUCGAUGAAAACGACAACGUUGACGAUUUCAGACCUCGUUUGCCAACGAACUAA